CCCGUGCCACUCCAGCUCAGCUCCUCAGGAGAGUGGGUAGUAGGACGGUUGGGAACGGUGUGGCAGGCCGUCGCUGGACCUGGACCGGGGGACUCCCUACAACACCGAACCGGCUCGCUCGAGAAAAGGAGGAUCCUCAUUCCCCUUUGUCCUGAGUACAAAUGCCCUGUUCCUGGAAACGAGCUGCGCUCCUGUCAGUGCAUGAGCCCAUGCCAACCUCAGCCUCUUUGGGCUUUGAAGUGCUCAAUGUCACCACACAAGUCCUCGGAUCUGCUCUUAACAGGACCCUUUCAGAGGGCAACUGCCCAGACACGGAGUGGUGGAGCUGGCUCAAUGCCAUCCAGGCCCCCUUCCUCUGGGUCCUCUUCCUGCUGGCUGCACUGGAGAACAUCUUUGUCCUCAGCGUGUUCUGCCUGCACAAGAACAGCUGCACUGUGGCCGAGAUCUACCUGGGUAACCUGGCAGCCGCGGACCUCAUCUUGGCCUGCGGAUUGCCCUUCUGGGCCAUCACCAUCGCCAAUAACUUCGACUGGGUGUUUGGAGAGGUGUUGUGCCGCGUGGUAAACACCAUGAUCUACAUGAACCUCUACAGCAGCAUCUGCUUCCUGAUGCUCGUGAGUAUCGACCGCUACCUGGCACUGGUAAAGACCAUGUCCAUGGGCCGGAUGCGCGGGGUACGCUGGGCCAAACUCUACAGCCUGGUGAUCUGGGGCUGUACGCUGCUUCUGAGUUCGCCCAUGUUGGUGUUCAGGACCAUGAGGGACUACAGCGAAGAGGGCCACAACGUCACCGCCUGCGUCAUCGUCUACCCAUCCCGCUCCUGGGAGGUGUUCACCAACGUGCUGCUGAACCUGGUGGGUUUCCUCCUGCCCCUGAGCGUCAUCACCUUCUGCACGGUGCAGAUCAUGCAGGUGCUGAGGAACAAUGAGAUGAAGAAGUUCAAGGAGGUCCAGACAGAGAAGAAGGCCACCGUGCUGGUGCUGGCCGUCCUGGGGCUUUUUGUGCUGUGUUGGGUGCCUUUCCAGAUCAGCACCUUCCUGGACACGCUGCUGCGUCUCAACGUGCUGUCGGGAUGCUGGGACGAACACGCCGUAGACGUCAUCACGCAGAUCAGUUCCUACGUGGCCUACAGCAACAGCUGCCUCAACCCGCUGGUGUAUGUGAUCGUGGGCAAGCGCUUCCGGAAGAAGUCCCGAGAGGUGUACCGAGCUCUGUGCCGGAAGGGAGGCUGCAUGGGAGAAACCGUGCAGAUGGAGAACUCCAUGGGGACUCUGAGGACCUCGAUCUCAGUGGAACGGCAAAUCCACAAGCUGCAGGAACAGAAACAGUGAACAGAAGCCACCAGGCAGGACUACUGUCAAGUGUGUGAGGACUGGUGGGACCCAAGCUCUUUGGCCUGGGUUCAGGAAGGAGCUUGAAGCAUCCUAGGGAAUCAGGCAGGUGACUCCAGCCCUGUCUCAUGGCAUAAGCAUGCUAUGAGGAAUGGGUACCCUGGAGCACAGCAGGAUUAUUCUUACUGGCUCUAAUUCCCCAUGAGUGGAAGGGUCGUGGGGUACGGGUGGGAGUGACAGAGCUUCCUUCCCUUUGGUGGAAGGACAGAUCUCCUGCCAGCUUUGGCCCCGUGGCUACAUGCACAGUAGGCAUGGCUGCCUCCUUUACCAGUUUCAAGGGUAUAAGAUUUAUUGGUCUUCUGAAGGUUAAAUUCUACAGAAUCUCUGAUAGGAGCCCAGAGACUAGGAUUCUGUGGCUCAUCUCACCUGUAGACAAGGUGGACAGCACAAAAGAAGAGCCCCAAAGCAUUUGUGGAGCACUUACUGAAUACACAGCAUUGGACACUGUGGUCAAGAGGGAAGAAAUGCAUAUGUAAUGUCUUACAGGAGCCCUGACGUUAGUGGAGAGUGCCGAGAACUUGCAGCCCCUAGAAGGCUGCUGCUGGUGUGUCAAAGCAAGGAACCGUGGGAGAUGGGAGAGCACGGGGGCCUAGGUGAGCCAGUAACCAUGAACAUGGUAGCCCAAUCCCUGCCGCAGCUUCUUCUGCUGUAACGUGAGGGUGUCCUGUGCUUUGAAAAAGUAGGGUGUUCUAUGGCUGUGAGGCAUCAGGACACACAUCACACAGAGACAGACACUCAGCACAGAGAAAGCCACUCAGGGAACACUCAGUGUGGGAAGGCCUGCAGGUAUCUGGAGCCCUCACUCCCUUCUACCUUUUUCUCCUAGUAUCUCACCCCUAUGCACACACAACAAAGCAUUUGCUACACGGGAAGACAGCAAGUGUUUGUUUUGCAAUGAAACGAAGGAAAAGAAUUCUGAUGAAGCUAGUCAGUGGUGACGCACACCUUUAAUCCCAGCACUUGGGAGGCAGAGGCAGGCGGAUUUCUGAGUUUGAGGCCAGCCU